UACACGGAUGAGGACAUAAGGAAGAUGUUAGAGAUACGUUGCGGAGAAGGAAGACGUUGAGAUGAACGAAGAAGCGAAACAGCUUUUGACUUUGAUCGGACGUGAUACUUCUCUAAGGUAUGCGAUCCAUCUUAUAACCGCGGCUUCUUUGUCUUGCCCGAAACGGAAAGGGAAAGUCGUGGAGGUUGAGGAUACACAGAGAGUUAAUAGAUUGUUCUUGGAUGUGAGAAGAUCGAUGCAGUACCCUGUGGAGUAUCAGGUUCAGUAUAUGAUCAGCGAAGUACCGAGUCAAAGUGAUGAAACUGCUGGUGGAGACGAACAUGUUGAUGCUAUGCAAAACUAAGGAACCAUUUUAUGUUUGGUUUUCACAAGUUGUAACUCGUAUUGGACUAGAAGAUAUGGAUCCGUUUUGUAAGAGUUAGAUUUUUGUUUCAGAUAUUUAAAUGUUUUUACUUCGACCGUAAUACUCAAUAUACUAAAGUAAGCGCAUCGAAUGUCGAUGAUGAAUAUGUUGUUUAAAAAGCAACUCGUUGUCUCUCUACAAAACAAAAACUGUAACGAAUCUAUCGAAAGUAGAGACAUUAAAGAGUUGCAGUGUCUUUUUGGUACUGCUAUUAUGAUAGAUGCAUACUUAAUCCGACGCUCUAUGAAGAAAACUAUGUGAAUCCAACGGUCACAAAACUAUAUGAUUUGACUCAUCAUGGAUGCUAUAGUAUACUACAUCAUACCUCUGUCUCACUGUCUCACCUUAACUCCAAAUCAACACGCUUCCUUUGUAGAAUCUGGAACAGCAUUUACUAUACAUUUAUUUCCAAAAUUCGGUUUUACUUGGGGAUUAGUGAAAGUUCUUUAAGUAACGUGAAAAGUCCAAAUCAUCUCAUAAAUACACAUAGAGUUGACUAUCUCUAUAUUUAACAACUUAACAUAGCAUUACGCUUCAACAUGAACAGUUAAAUACUAGUGAAAUAGUAGUACGAUUUAAGUUAAAAGUAGUGACGAGCUUCUUAUCAUUUCGUUCGAUGGUUGCAUUGACCGCGUUGUGUACCAGUACCACGUUGUCAAUCGAAACACAAAUGCUAUGAUUACGUGAGUGUUUCAUAACAUUUAAGUUUCUAAUGUUCACAUGAAUAUUCAUUCCAUAAAUAUUUCAGAUUAAUUAUCAAACCACAAAACAUGCCCUCUAUAAAAUAAAACUGUAGAAUAUCAGCUAAAAACAUGGUUCGUUAUUAAAUUUACAAAUAAUUUUAGUUAUAAAUUAUAUACUAUAAUGUCAUAAACUCUGGUCAACUUAAUAAUUCAAGAGAAUUAAGCAAUCAAUUCACUCGUUACGAUAUGCAAGAUCCUUAACAACAUUUAUUAAUCUCUCAUACUACAAAAUAAGUUAAUCUGUCAUCAUCAUUAGAAUUCAAGAUAUAAUAAAUAUUUCUACCAUCCUCCAACCUCUUUAUUUAAUAAUCUCUUUGCUUAACCUCUGUCGACAUCUUUAAUUUACAAAUUUAUCUCUGUUUUCUUUUAUAUUCUUCCUCUUUGUCAAAUCUGACAAUUCCAAAGGACAAAAAAAAAUCCGACGUCACUAUUUAUUAAAACACACCAUAACGCUUGUCUCUUCUUUAUAUACUUCACUUUCAGACAAUAACCCAACAAGAGAUAUUGCGUAAGAUAUCAAGAAAUGGGGAAUUGUCAAGCGGCGGAGGCAGCGACGGUAUUGAUCCAUCACCCGGCGGAGAACAAGGUGGAGAGGAUUUACUGGUCGGUGAAAGCAAGCGACGUCAUGAGAUCCAAUCCCGGUCAUUACGUUGCGGUGGUGGUCACGUCACCGACGUUAAAGAACGACAAAGGAUCGCCGUUGAAGCAGCUCAAGCUCCUUCGUCCUGACGACACUUUACUCAUCGGACAUGUUUACCGUCUCGUCAGCUUCGAAGAGGUUUUGAACGAGUUUGCGACGAAGAAAUGUGUAAAGCUUGGGAAGCUAUUGAAAGAAGGAGGAGGGCUUGAGUUGAACAAGAAGAAGAAGAAACCUAGAAAGAAGACUGAUCAGGAGAUGGGUCGGGUCAACCCGAAUUCGGAUCCGGAUCCGAAAGAAGGUGGGGCUAAUGAUACGGUCGCCGGACAAGAAGGUGGAGAUGGAUUAACGAGGCAGAGUCAGGGCCGAGGAAGAGGUGGUGGUGGGUGGAGGCCUGCUUUACACAGCAUUCCGGAGUUUGGAUCCUCGUGAGAGAACUCUUUUAAAAGCAUAUAGAUAUUUUUAAAGCACUAUCCGACAACAUUGAAAGUUAAUGUGUAAAGCGAUGUUAUUUAUCAUAGAUGCUUUAUUGAAGAUCCAGUCUCAAUAAAUAUUUUCAACAAACUUUAACGUUUUAAAUAUUUGAGAUUUUUUAUGAGUAUUCUCGAACGAGAUUUAUC